GAAAUGGGGCGGGACCAGAAAGCCUUCGCAAACGGUCGCUGGGGGGGCGGAGUCAAAAUGACUAAUAAGGUAUUGGACCGCACUAGGACCUAUAAGCCCCGCCCCCUGCACGCUCAUUGGUUCCCUCCGCCCCCGCCCUUUGGUGAAUGACAGAGAAACGCGAGGGCGGGGCACCACCGCUGCCGCUAUCCCCCCGCCAUGGGGCCGCGUCUGCUGCUGUUCGCCCUGUUGUUCAGGGCAGGAGUCUGGGCCUCCGAGACGCCGAUAUCACCGUCCGUUACGAACGGGAGCAGUUUGAUCGUGUCUGCGGCGCCUCACAACGAAACCAGAGUGGUUCUGCCGAGCUCUGGAGGAGGACAGAUACUGAAGCGUUCCAUCUACGUGCUGACUGGGUUUUGCGCACUGGCUGCGCUGUAUUUCCUCAUCCGGGCCUUCAGAAUAAAGAAACCGCAGCGGAAGAAGUAUGGUCUGCUCUCAAAUACAGAUGACCACAUGGACAUGGCCUCAAUGGAGAGUGAUGAAGAGACAGUCUUUGAGACGAGGAACUUGAGAUGAUGAAGAGCUGGAGUCCACAAUGGUAGCUGCGCAGAGAAAUCCAGAAAGGGGGGCUAGGGACCCCAGGCACAGAAUGUCAAGAAAAUCAGGGUUUUAUUUUUUUAAUGGUUCUGUACAUUACAGUGUUUCUAAGGGGGGAGGGAGGGCGGGGAAACUUUUUUGCACUUGGGAUGUGUUGGGAAAUGCAGGAAAGGAGGGUGUGCUGUCCCAAAUCAUGGCUUUUACUUUGGCAGAUGUAAGCUUCUGUGGGGGAAGCCUGGCUGUCUUUCCCUUCCUGAUUCUCAGGUCUUAAGAGGCUUGCCUGGAUCUCCUGCCCCCUUCCUCAUGCUUCUCCUUUCCCUAUGCUAACACUCCCAUCCUGAGUCAGGGCCAGAGACCCUGCCGAGAUACUUAGGGUCCCAUCCUGAAUUUUGGACCGUGAACGUUGCUGCCCAGAGGAGGUUUUCCUAGAGAUUAGGAGAUUGGGGCCUAGUGGGCUCUCCUCUGAGCUGCUGCGGGGGGAGGGGGCAGUACUGGGGAAUGUCGAGAGGGGUGGUCUCCCUUUGCCACCCCUGACAUUGCCCAGACCGAGCAGAAGCUAGCAUCGGGCCCAGCUGCCUCCGCUCUCUGCGCUCUGCCUUGGGGGGACCAAAUGGCUUCCAGAUCUCCAGGCUGCUGAAACCAAAGCCGGCAUCCCCCUCGGACUCAGGCUGAUGACCCACUCUGGGAUGUCCAGUGGGGCCUGGGGCAGUAAGGACCUUGUUUUAGAUUCUUCGUGGGAAAGCCAGGUUCAGAGAGAGGGACUGGGGGGAGAUGGCCUCUCGGAACGUCUGCACCUGCCUCAUGGAUCAGGGCUCAGCCCUGGGAAACCUCCUCUGGGAUCCAAGGACUCUUCUUCCUGCAUUGUCCACACUUGUGUUUGGGGGAUUAGCUCCUUCCAGAAGGGCCCUCCUCUCCUAGAUCUGGUAUCUGGAUGGGGGCUUGGGCACCUUCCUUCUGGGACCACCUUGCUUUGUCCCUGGCACGGGAGAAGCUUUUUAUUUUGUAUCUGUAUAUUUGGGUAUUUUGAUUUCUAAGAGACUAAGUUUAAUGUUAGGGGACCAGCACCCCACAGUAUUUGCCUAUCAAGGGUGUUCAGUAAAAGCUGCUGAUUUUAAAUAAAGCAAACGUGGCCUCCA